AUGGUCCACCUCCAGCUCCUCCUGACAGCACUGGUGUUCUGCUUGCACCCUGCCUGCUCACCAGGCAGCCCAGUGCCCUGGAGCCCUGACCCAGAGCUCCAGCACAUUCUUCAGCUUCUACAACAGCUGCAAAUGAUCCCCUCUUACCAAUGCCUGGAUGAUAGGGAGAACUUCACGUUUACAAUCCAGAAGACAGAAGCCACCAGUGUGAAGAGACUGAUGCUCCAGCAGAUCUUCAACAUCUUCACGAGGGACCACCCACCCGCCCGGGACGGACAGGUCCUGAAUGAGCUGCGCUCUAGGCUCCAUCAGGGUCUGCAACGACUGCAGAUGGCAAGGGAACAAAAUGUGUCUUGUCUCAAGGCAGAACUUUCUGUGCGCAACUAUUUCAAAAGUCUCUUGAGUUACCUGCAGAGAAAGCGGUACAGCCCUUGUGCCUGGGAGAUUGUCAGAGCAGAAAUCCACAGGUCCCUUUCUCGAAUCAGCCAGUGGCACACAGAAGUCAGCAACUAG